AUGAAUGCACCUGGAGCCAUGCAACUUGCAAUCACUGGUAAAGAAAGGAAAGAGAUCCAAAAAUUGGGUCGCCGUACUUCACCCAUCCUUGAAGCUUUAGUCAACUCUGGGUUAUCUCAGCUAAGCGGCCGCACACGCGAGGACCAGAACCCGGCUCCAGGCCAGGGACCGUUCCAUCACGAGCUGAAAGAACAAGGCCACGCCGAGGGAGCAGGCAAGGCUGGGAGGCCCUCGUUCCCGGCCGGCAGGACCCUCUUAGGGACGCCCAUUCCUCCUCCACUCCCGAAGCAGAAGCGGGCUGGUCCAGCAUCCCGCAGUGCAGCCAGGAGCCUCCCGGCCCGGACCCGCCGCGGGGAAAGAGGUGGAGCCACAGGGGAGUGGUCACUUAGCCCCACCCCGACGGCAUCCAGGGCCGACAGAAGCAAGGGGCGGAAGCGAAAGGCGCGAGACGAACUCACUCCGCAGCGGACGCCCAGCGAGCUGCGGACACCAGCUUGGGAGGCUGAGGCAGGAGGAUCACUGAGUAGUGUCUUACAAUCAAAGAAGUCUAUCAGCUUUACUGAAAAAGCAAAAGAAACUUUGAAGAAAGGAUAUGCUGGUGCGACUCAAAGCAGAAUGGGUGUGUCAAGAAACUUACUUAUUUUACCUGAGAUGAAAAUGACAGAAAAAAUGAAUAUUUCCAGUGGUAAGGUAGUACAGGUGCUGGAUAAAAAUGGAGUUGAUGUUACUCCGAGACCUCUUUACUACCCAGAUCCACAUGCAGCAAAGCCAAAUAAACUACUGUCAUCCCAAGAAGGCUCCCUUGGGUCGGAUUUUAUCACCUCCUAUAGCAUGUAUCAGAACACAGCGAAUCCCAGUUUGAUGGGGCAGUUCACCAGGUCAGUUAUUGGCAGCAGUACAUUUUCUAAGUCAAGUGUAUCAACAACUGAGUCCUUAGCAGAAGACUUAGAAGAACCAUCCUAUAAACGAGAAAAACUGGUCAGUUUUACAGACCUACGAGUUAUGAGGGCAGCCCUUGAAACAGUCCCAACAAAAGAAGACCUGGAGAAGAAUAUCGAGAUCCUACUCACAGAGACAGACACACUGCAGCUUUUUGAGCUACCCACCGUCAUGGUCUCUGUAGAAUCUGAAGAAGCUGAGAAAGUAACCCAGAGAAAUAAGAAAUAUGAAAUCCUUUGUAAAAAUAGAUUAGGCAACGAUUUGUAUGUUGAACGGAUGAUGCAGACUUUUAAUGGAGCACCAAAAAAUAAAGAUGUGCAGUGUGAUAAAAUCAUAAUGGAAGAUGAAGGCAUAAUGGCCACUGCCUGGGAUCUGUAUGAUUCUUACAAUGCUCUAGAACUUUCAUCUUUAGUAGUAAAACAAUCUGCAGUUGAAUCAAGCAGUAAAGCAAAUGUCCUUCCUAAAGAGCGGGACCAGAGACUUCCAGGGAUUAGUACGGACAGAAACAGCGAAGCAAGUUCUCUCAUGGAUAUAGAAAAUGUAAUUCUGACUAAAGUCCAUGAAGAUGAAGAAGACCAUGCAGAUGUAAUACUAAAAUCUGACAAGUUUCUUCAGGACUUACUUUUCAUGGAACAGGUGAUAAUGGAAAAUAUAUUUCAGCCAAAGCUUGCAGCUUAUCGCCAACUUCCUGUUUUAAAAGAACCUGAGCCUGAAGAGCCCAAAGAUGUUUUAGAAGGUGAAAAAGUUGAACAAGUGGAAGAAGAGGUUAAGAAGGAGGAGGAGGAAGAAAUGGAAAUAAAUGCAGAACAAUCAACAAUACCAGCCAAUUUGGAACGACUUUGGUCUUUUUCUUGUGACCUAACCAAAGGUCUUAAUGUGAGCAGUCUUGCCUGGAAUAAGAUGAAUCCAGAUCUUCUGGCUGUUGGGUAUGGACACUUUGGAUUUAAGGAGCAAAAAAGAGGAUUGGCUUGCUGCUGGUCAAUAAAGAAUCCCAUGUGGCCGGAGCGUGUCUACCCGAGUCCCCAUGGAGUCACCGCCGUGGACUUCUCCAUAGGGGCGCCUAACUUGCUAGCGGUUGGCUAUUACAAUGGCACUGUCGCGAUUUACAAUGUGCAGAGCAGCAGUAACAUUCCGGUCCUGGAUAGCAGUGAAUCACCUCAAAAGCAUUUGGGACCUGUGUGGCAACUGCAGUGGACAGAACAAGAUCGAGGAACAAUGGGCGAUGACAAAAGAGAAUUCCUAGUGUCCAUAUCAGCAGACGGAAGAAUCUCCAAAUGGGUUAUACGGAAAGGACUGGACUGCCACGAUAUGAUGCGACUAAAACGAACUACAGCUGGCAGCAGCAAGAAAGUGGGGGACAAGGACCAGAAAGGAGAAGCCUUAAUAUCGCGACAGGCUCCUGGCAUGUGUUUCGCUUUUCACCCCAAGGACACAAAUAUCUAUUUGACUGGCACAGAAGAAGGUCAUAUUCACAAAUGUUCUUGUUCAUAUAAUGAACAAUACUUAGAAACCUAUAGAGGACACAAGGGCCCAGUGUAUAAAGUGACAUGGAACCCAUUUUGUCCUGACGUUUUCUUAAGCUGUUCGGCAGACUGGGGAGUCAUGAUAUGGCAACAGGAGAAUCUCCAGCCCUUUCUGAGUUUUUACCCUACGACUCAUGUUGUUUACGACGUCGCCUGGUCCCCAAAGUCAUCCUAUAUAUUUGCGGCUGCAAAUGAGAGCAGAGUGGAGAUUUGGGACCUCCACAUCAGCACUCUGGACCCUCUGAUCGUAAAUGUUGCAAACCCUGGGAUCAAGUUUACAACUGUUCUCUUCGCCAAGCACACAGACUGCCUUCUGGUGGGAGAUAGUGACGGACAAGUGGCUGUGUACGAGCUGAGAAAUAUGCCUUCUGCUCCAGAUUCCGGCCAGGGUGAUAUAGUAAAUACGUUACUUGGGUCCAAGUCAAACCAACCAGGAUAAUUAAUCAUUCUUAAUGUCUUUUUUUUGUUUAAAAAAGAAAUUUUGAUAUGUGGUUCACUUAUAUUGUAUACUUAUGAACUAGGAUUUUGAUUUUAGAAAAUAAUACUUUUUGUAUAGCUUCCAUUUAAAUUCAGUGAACUUUUAGUUAAGAAAUAUGUGAUUACUUCAUGAUGGAAGCUAAGAGUUAUUCUAAGAAAGAUAAUUUUUUGACUUUUCAUAAUUUUCUAAAAAUAUUUCUACUCUCCUUGGUCAUAUUUGAAGCACAUAUGAGUAUGUAUAUAUACUUAUAAAGUGUCUAAAGAAGAUAGAAAACCAAAACAUGGAAAUUAUUAGAAUUAUUUAAACUGAAACCGUUUUAAGACAAAAGUUCUCUAAACUUUUAAGCUGGGAGCAGUGGCACACGCUGUAAUCGCAGCACAUGGGAAGCUAAGGCAGGUGGGUAGCAAGUCUAAGAUCAUCCUGGACUCAAGCGAGCGACCCUGUCUCAAAAAUAAAUGCGAUCCACUUUUAAUCUUCUGCUUUCCAGGAUUUCUUCUUGUAUCUUUAGUAGAAUGAGAAUGUGGAUCCUUGUAGCCAACUUUUAACCUAAAUUUUAAUCCCACAUUUAACCAAAAUCUCCUCUCUCUGGAGCUGAAGCCUUAGAACUGUUAGUCCACUUGACAAGGAAAGCCCACAACAGCCAAUAUCAGGAUCGCACACUUUGGUCAGCAGGCAUCACACCCCCAAUUCGGUCAGAAGAAUUAGCCUGGAAUAUAUUAGGGCACCCUCCCCUGGGUGCCCAGAACCGGCACCAGACCUUAAGCCCAUCUGAAAAGGGCUUAGCAAGAAGACAGAAAGCCUCUGAUCAAGGUGUUAUUUUACGAAUAAUUCAGAAGAGAGGUUGUGGCAGUGGUGGGAAGUGAGUUCCCCAAGUGUGGACUGGAACAGGCCAUCUCACAGCCUUAGCAAGACCUGGUUUUGUUAACUGAAGCCAUACGACACGGUGGCCUGUUCCGGAAAGCUUUCUAAAUGGAAAGGAGAGGGGAGGGGAGGUAUGAACACACACACAGGAUGGAAUCAGUGCAGCAAUAAGAGCUACCUUUUUCAAGUUUUCACUGCUUCACAGUCUUUUUUUGAGCCACCCUUUAAACAAAAGCAAGGCAAGGUUUAUGGGGCUGGAGAACUUAGGUCAGGUUAUAAGGAUUAUAAAUGUUUUACUGGUAUGAGUCACUGUGAUUAUCUUUGUUGAACUAUCUGUAACACUCUGUGUAAGACAAUAAAACCUUGAUUUAAUCGAAAAAAGUGUUCUGUUUUAUUAUGUGUUGUUAGUGCAUUUCCACAUUUCCACAUGUGCGCAUGACGUACUUUGAUCCUCUCCUCUCCACCUUCGCCCUCUCUUCCACUCCCCUCCCACUCCCCGAGUUUCUCCCUUUU